AUGAAAAUGGACCAACACAAAUUCUCAAAUUCGUUUGAAACAGUUAAUUAUAAUACAGAAGAACCCAACAAUUCUAUUUCAUUCAGUCAAAGUUGUAAUACAAUAGCAGAAGAACAGCUGGCAGUUUUAGACUCAAAUCUUUCAAAAUACUCAGAUGUAUUUAAAAUUCAAUCAAAAAGCCUUUCUCAGGCAGAAGGUGAACACAAUGAGGAUAUAUUACAUAAAAUGACCAAUGAUGAAAAAAAUAAGAAAUUUAUAGAAAUUAAACUUUGGGAAGAAACGAGAGUUGAAAAAUAUCAAAAUUUUGUUAAUGCCAUUGACCCUAUUUUUUCUGAACUCUCAAAUUCAAUUUCCCAAGCUAUGCAAAUAAAUAAAGAUUUAGCUUCUAUAUUACAACAAAAGAGCAAGUUUUGGAAUAUUUACUCCAAGAAUUUGGAACUAAUUUCACAAUAUAGUGUAAAAAAUGGACACAGUAAUAGCCAUUUUCAUAACUCAAAUCAUACCUGUUCUUUUUGUUCCUCUUCUGCCAAAUCUUGUUCUUGUUCAUACCCUUUUGUUACUUUUGGAUUAUCAAAUAAUUUCCCUCUUCAACUAAAACCAAGAGAAUCAAAAAACCAACAUAUUCAAAAUCAGGUUAAUGAAGAAGAUUUACACGAUGAUACUGUUAAACAUGAAUUUAAAGAAUCCAAUAAAAAUAAUUCAGAAAUGAAUUUUUCUGUAUCUGAUAAUAAUAAUACAAAUAAUAGUUUGAACAUUAAUGGCAUUUCUAAUAAAAAUACAAAAUAUGAAAACUCUGUUUCAAAUAAUUUAUUGAGUUCAAUUUCAAGCCAACAAAUCUGGCCAAUUUUACUUUUAAACUAUGGAAGAUAUGAAUCAACUUUUCUUAAAAAGCUUUCUCAAAGUGUUGAAACUGAUGUAGUUAAUGGACAUCUUUCAUGGAUCUCGAAAAGAUAUCUUAAUAAUGCUCAGGGAUAUUUAAAAACUUUACGUAUUGCUAGAAAAGAAUUUGAAGCAUUUAUAAAUAAUGCACAACAAUCUUGGAAUAAGUAUGAUGAUGCUUUUAAAAAGUCACAAAGACUUAACUUAGAUGUAAAUUAUUCAGUUAAAACUAGUAAACCAUGUGAUACUUGGUAUUUUGAUCAAAUAUAUAGACAUAAUAUCAAUAAAUUUAUCCAAGCUCAAACAAAAUUUUUUGAUACUUUAUUGGUUACUAUUGAUAAUCUUAUGGAAUUAGAGAGCUGGAGAGCAACUUCUGUUAAACUUACUUUUAAUUACUUUUUAGUUAAACAGAAUGAAUUUUUUGAAUUUCUUCAAAAACUUGGGAAUUCUAUAAUAGAUUUGAUUAACAAUCAAAGUAAACAAAACUCAUUAUUUCAAGACAAUUAUGCAAAUUUUGAUAUUAUUACAUCCAUACCUGGUCUUAGGCCACCUCCAAUUCCAAUAACUAAUGAACUAAAUUUUUCAAAAAUUUCACAAUCUCUUUCAAAUUGUCCAAUUCUACAAGAAAUUUCAACACUGAUGAACUAUAACAAUCUUCCAAAAUCUUCUCUUAUCAUCUAUCAUGGACAUGUUGAAAUUUUUAAAAGAAAAAUAUUUCUUGGGCAAUGGCAAUCAGCCUAUCUGAUCCUCACCAAAGAUAGAUUUCUUUAUCUACUUAAUCCUAAAGAUGAUAUCGAAAUGGAGGAGCUUUUGAAACAUGAUGAAAAACCCAUUUGGACUUACUUCAUCGGAUCGCCUGAUAUAUCUAUUGAACAUAACGAGAAAAGAGGAAAAAGAUGUCUUAGUAUAAAAUUUAAGAAACAGAAAUUUUUAACCAAGAAAAUUACCAUUAGAUGCUCAAAUGAAGACGAAUGUAAUAAAUGGAUGAAUCAUCUUAACUCAGUAAUUCCUCCAUAUUAA